AUGAUUAUAAGAGAGAUUAAGAAAGGUUGCCUCAACCGUAAAAAUGUGAAUGCAUUAAGAUUUGCAUAUUUUCAUACCUCCGUGAAGAGACCUCAUGAGAAUCCAUUAGGAUUACCUAGGGUAAAGAAGGAUGGUAAAGUACCGGAUAUUCCUAGAAUGUCCAAGGGAUUACCAAUAAAACAAAAAAUACCAGGAGUGGAUAAAAUAUUAUUGGUUUCUUCUGCAAAAGGUGGUGUAGGCAAAUCUACUGUUUCUAUAAACAUUGCAUUGGCAUUGCAGGGGUUAGGCAAGAAAGUUGGUGUCCUAGAUACUGAUGUAUUUGGACCUUCCGUACCUAGAUUAUUAAAUUUAUCAGGAGAGCCUCGUUUAUCAGAGGACGGAAAAUUGAUACCAUUGACAAAUUAUGGGGUGGAAUCAAUGUCGAUGGGAUAUUUAAUAAACCCAGAAAAUGCAAUUGUAUGGAGAGGCUUAAUGGUUAUGAAAGCUUUACAGCAGCUCUUAUUUGAAGUAAAAUGGACAAAUCUAGACUAUUUGGUUGUGGAUAUGCCACCAGGAACUGGUGAUACACAGUUGACAAUCAGUCAACAAUUAAAAGUCGACGGAUCAAUUAUUGUCACCACUCCACAAGAUAUAGCUUUGAUUGAUGCCGUGAAAGGAAUCACAAUGUUCAAUAAGGUUAAUAUCCCUAUCCUAGGCUUGGUUCAAAACAUGAGCUACUUUGUAUGUCCCCAUUGCAAUCACGAAUCACACAUAUUCGGGACUGACGGUGCUCGAAGAGAAGCCAAAAAGCACCAUUUGGAGGUAUUAGGCUCCAUACCUUUAAAUGAAGAGAUAUGCAUGCAAUCCGAUGCUGGAAAGCCUGUGGUUGUAUCGCACCCAAACUCAAAAAUAGCACAGCCUUACAUUGAAAUUGCUGAGAAAGUUAUUUCUAAAUUAGGCUAA